CAGUUUUCUCAUGGCCAGUCGAACCCGACUUACCUUCUCGACUGCGGUGCGGCGUUCCAGUGCGUGCUGCGCAAGCAGCCGCACGGCAAGCUCCUGUCGACGGCGCACGCCGUGGAUCGCGAGCACUGCAUCAUGCGCGCCCUCAAGCCGACCGCCGUGCCGGUGCCAGAGAUGCUGUGCUACUGCGCGGACGCUGGCGUGAUCGGCACGCCCUUCUUCGUCAUGGAGUUCAUCCACGGCCGCGUCUUCAAAGACGCCACCCUCGAGCAGCUGCCGCCGAUCGAGCGGUUUGGGGUCUAUCACGCCAUGUGUGACGUGCUCGCCCGGCUGCACCGCGUAGACUGGAGAAGCCUCGCCGGGCUGGAGCAAUUCGCGCCCGACGGCGCGGCCGAGGGCGGCGCAUACGCGGCGCGGCAGGUGCGGCGCUGGAAGCGGCAGGUUGAGGGCGGGCGCGCGGUGCUGGCGGAGGCUGGCGUGGCGGAGAGCGGCGACCUGGCGGCGCUCGCCGGCUGGCUCGAGGAGCACACGGCCGAGGCGGAGGCGUACGCGGCGGCGCACUUCUCGCCGACGAUCGUGCACGGCGACUUCAAGCUCGACAACCUCAUCUUCCACCCGACGGAGCCGCGCGUGCUCGCGCUGAUCGACUGGGAGCUCGCCACGAUCGGCUGCCCGCUCGCCGACCUCGCGCACUGCUGCCAGGCCUACCGCUGGCCGAGGGAGCACUGGUUCGUGCCGGGGCUGCGUGGCGCCAGCCUGCUCCGCCUCGGCAUCCCGCACGAGUCGCAGUUCGUGCGCGGCUACCUCGAGCGCGUCGCCCAGCCGCCGCUGCCGGAGCUGGUCUGGACCUUCUACUGCGCGCUUGCCUACUUCCGGAUGGCGGCGAUCGUCCACGGCGUGCACGCGCGCGCCAUCAUGGGCAACGCGUCCUCCGCGCGCGCGCAGCUGGCGGGCCAGAUCUCGAACGACCUCGCGAGCGUCGGCCACCAGAUUGCCCUCGGCCUCGCCGACGGCGCGGCGACGGCGGAGCCGGCGCUGCACCUGUACGACACGCUGCCCUUCCCCUUCUCGGCGCGCGGGCGGGAGCUCUUCGACCGCACCAGGGCCUUCAUCACGGAGCACGUGCUGCCAAACGAGGGCCGCUGGCGGGAGGCGCUCGCAGCGAACACCGCCGCCGGCCGCCGCUGGUCGCCCAUCGCACUUGUGGAGGAGCUCAAGGCAAAGGCGCGGGCGGCCGGGCUGUGGAACUUCUUUCUGCCAAGCUGCGCCGAGUUCGGGCCGGGGUCCGGUCUGAGUUCGCUCGACUACGCGCCCCUCGCGGAGCUGAUGGGCUGCAACGAGUGGUGCGCCGAGGUGUUCAACUGCGCCGCUCCCGACACGGGCAACAUGGAGCUCCUCGCGCACUUUGGCACGCGCGAGCAGCAGCAGACGUGGCUGCAGCCGCUGCUGCGCGGAGAGAUCCGCUCGUGCUUUGCGAUGACAGAGCCGCAGAGCGCGUGCUCGGACGCGACGAACGUGCAGACGCGCAUCGAGCGGGAGGGAGACGAGUACGUCAUCAACGGGCGCAAGGUGUGGACGACCGGCGCGGGCGACCCGCGCUGCAAGCUCGCCAUCGUCAUGGGUCGGGUCGUGGGCGGCGGCGGGCCCAGCGGCGAAGCGGACGCCGCCGGCGCGUCCGUGCGGAGGCAGCAGUCGAUGGUGCUCGUGCCGAUGGACACGGCGGGCGUCGAUGUCGUCCGCAUGCUGAGCGUGUUUGGGUACGACGACGCGCCCCACGGCCACGCGGAGGUCGCCUUCCGCAACGUGCGCGUGUCACGCGCCAACUUGCUGCACGAGGAGGGCGGCGGCUUCGCGAUGGCGCAGGCGCGGCUCGGCCCGGGACGCAUACACCACUGCAUGCGGAGCAUCGGUGUCGCCGAGCGCGCCCUCGCGGCGCUGUGCGCCCGCGCCAAGACGCGGCGCGCCUUUGGGCAGCUCCUGGCGCGGCACGGCGCGACGGAGCAGGCGAUCGCGUGGAGCCGCGUCGAGCUCGAGCAGGUGCGGCUGCUGACGCUGAAGGCGGCGUACAUGAUGGACACACUCGGCAACCGGGCUGCGAUGCAGGAGAUCGCGAUGAUCAAGGUUGCGGCGCCGCGGAUGGCGCUGGCCGUGCUCGAUCGCGCGAUACAGGUGCACGGCGGCGCGGGAGUCUGUCAGGAUCAUGUGCUCGCGCACGCGUGGGCGUCGCUGCGCACUCUGCGCCUCGCCGACGGGCCAGACGAGGUCCACUGCCGCACCAUUGCGAGGUGGGAGCUGAUGAAGUCG